AUGGUGGAGACGCUAAGUAUCGCCGUUAUCGGAGCUCCCGGAGUCGGGAAAACUUCCAUAAUCCGUCAAUUUAUUCAUAAUGACUUCUCAGAGGUUUACACUCCAACCAGAGACAGGUAUGUGUACAGACCCUCUGUAAUUUUGAACGGUAACAUGUACGACCUGAAGAUUUUGGAUGUCCCGCCAAUUUCGUCGUUCCCCUCCAGCUCGAGCCAGGAGUGGCUGGACCUGCGUUGCAGAGGGGUGCGUAAUGCCAAUGCUUACAUCCUGGUCUAUGACAUAUGCUGUGUGGAGAGCUUUGAGUAUGUCAAGAUGAUCCGCCAGCAGAUCGUGGAGCACAGGGAGGGCAGCAGCAGUGAGGUUCCCAUCCUGGUAGUGGGAAGUAAGAGGGACCUGCAGCGCCAGCGCUUCACCCCUCGCAGGGCUGUCUCUGUACUCGUCAAGAAGACCUGGAAGUGUGGCUAUGUGGAGUGCUCUGCCAAGUUCAACUGGCACGUGGUCCUGCUCUUCAAAGAGCUGCUGGGCAUCGCUGUGGCACGCGGCAUGAAACAUAACCACACCCCAGGGAUCCGCCUACAAGGGGCGCUGCAGAGGAACCGCUGCGCCGUCAUGUGA